CAGAGAUCCCAAAUUCACCGAAACCCGGAUAUUGGAAUGACAACUUGCGACAGGCAUGUGUCUCUCGGGGCUUGCUGUUACACAAAUUGUAUGUGCAAGCUAGGAAAAUAGUGCGAGUGCGGAAGUCAGCGCAAAGGGGAAGGAUGACGCCACCAGCCGUCCUCCUCUUCCUUAUGGUCGCGAUAGCGGCUAUACCUUCCAGCAGAGGCAGCAAUGAAUGUGUGCCCCGCAACUUUGGCCAUGGCUCUGUGGUGUGUGAGUGUAACUCCACCCACUGCGACUCACCAGGCGUCAUCACUCCGCCACCACCGGGGCAGUAUGUCUCCUUCCUCACCAGCCAGGCCGGCAAGAGGCUGGAGAAGGGGCAGGGGCAGAUGCAGAACAGCAGCACUGGGGCAGUUCUCAGACUCACUAUAGUUGGCUAUCAGAAGUAUCAGAAGAUUAAAGGCUUUGGGGGCGCUAUGACGGACGCAGCGGCCAUGAACAUUCUGACACUGACUCCAGGAACACAGGACCAACUGCUGAGGCAGUACUUCUCUGUGGAGGGUAUAGAGUACAGUGUGGUGCGAGUCCCCAUGGCCAGCUGUGACUUCUCCACACGGCUGUACACGUAUGCUGACACACCUGGAGACCUUCAGUUAGACAACUUUACCCUGGCCCCUGAAGACAAAAACAUGAAGAUCCCAUUGCUCCAGCGUGCUCAGGCGCUCUCUUCACGGCCCUUGCGUCUGCUGGGCAGUGCCUGGAGUGCCCCCGCCUGGCUCAAGACUAAUGGCGCCCUCAUCGGCAAGGGUACUCUAAAGGGGAAACCAGGGGGCAAGGAGCACAAGACCUGGGCUAAAUACUAUGUCAGGUUUCUGGACGAGUACAAGAAGUACAACCUGACCUUCUGGGCGAUGACGACGGGGAAUGAGCCCACAGCUGGAAUGAUGACCAAUUACAGCUUCCAGGCACUGGGCUUCACACCGGAGAGACAACGUGAUUGGGUGACCCUGGAUUUAGGCCCAGCCCUCAACCAAUCCCAGCACCAACACAUUGAGCUCAUAAUUCUUGAUGAUCAGAGGCUGCUGCUGCCACACUGGGCCAAAGUGGUGCUCAGUGAUGUCCAUGCUGCCCGCUACAUCCACGGUAUUGGAGUUCACUGGUACAUGGACCAGAUUGUCCCGGCUCAGUUCUCCCUGUCCACCACACACCACCUCUUCCCAGAAUACUACCUCUUUGGCACUGAGGCCUGUUCAGGCUGGACUCCCCUGGACAGAGGGGUAAAGUUGGGCAGCUGGGACAGGGCUGAAGACUAUGCCCAUGACAUCAUCGAGGACCUGAACCACUUUGUGACAGGCUGGACUGACUGGAAUUUGGCUCUGGACUUGGGUGGAGGGCCCAACUGGGUCAAGAACUUUGUGGACAGCCCAAUCAUUGUGGACAGAACCAGAGAUGUCUUCUACAAGCAGCCCACCUUCUAUAGCAUGGCCCACUUCAGUAAAUUCCUGUGGGAGGGGUCUCAACGAGUUGGCGUGUCAUUCAGCUUGGACUCUGAUUUGGAGAGCACCGCCUUUAUCAGGCCGGAUGGAUCCACAGCGCUGACUGUCCUUAACAGGUCUGAUAAGGAUGUGCAUUUUGAGGUCUGGGACCCAGCUGCUGGCUACAUCCCCUCCAUCUCCCCAGCACACUCCAUUCUCACACUCAUCUGGGCAGCACACUAACAAGGCAACCAUGCUCAAACAGGAACAGACACACCUUCAAACUGAUAUGCAUGUAAUCUCAUACAGUAUCCAGUAAAUGGACAAUCCUCCACCAUUGCAGUACAUGCAUGCCCAAAUGGCAAACUUGUCCCAAGCAACACUUAUGGCUUGAAUAUAACUCUCACUUCAAGUGGCUUUGUCACUGAUGCCUUGCACUGAAAUUCAUGACUGAUUGCACACUCCGUUAGACUGUUUAAAAUCAUUACCAAACAGGCUUGUGUUAAUUUCAGUAUAAUGUAAACCAAUGAUGUACAUAAUUAUCAU